ACAUGCCAUCGCACCAGUCUCUUUUUUUUCUCUCUCUCUCUCUCUCUUUCAUUACGUGUGCUCCAGUGUCAUCCUCAUUUCCUCUUUUCAAAUGAUACAUAUUUGGGGGGGUUUCCUUGGACGGGUUAAAUAACACUCGAGCAGUGGGAGUAGAGAAGCUGACGAUGGCUGCAAAGUGAGUGGUGUUGAAACCUGUGGUAACCAGCGAGAGUGUCAGACGACAGCUGUACGCCGGCACUUCACCUGCUGCCUGAGGAAGUGUAACAUGUGACUGAUGGCUGAGGGUGGAGCAGCUUCCCGCCCACAGGUGUUCCUGGUGGACAGCCAGGCCUCCCUCUUCCACUCGCAGCCUCGAAGCAAACCCAGUUGGACCCAGGUGGUUCAGAAGAUCAUCCCCGUCCUGGUUCUGCUGAGCCUGAUGGGUCUUGCUGUGGAAGGAUAUUUCAUCUAUAAGCUGUUCCAAAAAACGGAGAGUGGCGUAAAUCCAGUGCACGGAAAUGAAGGGUCACAUCAAAUGAUAAUGGGCCAGUCUCCUGUGGAGCCGCAGCAAAAGAAGCCUGUGGCUCACCUGAUGGGUUCUGAAAGUUAUGCAUCAGACCAUGGUGUGGUGCAGUGGAUGAGUCAAGAUGGGGAGGCUUUCAUCAAGCACAUGGGCUACAGAAACGGCCGUCUGAUCGUGGAGGAGGAAGGCAUCUACUACAUCUACAACAAAGUCCAGCUCAACACAUCGGAGAAGUGUUCUGUCAUUAAGCACAAGGUGAUGAAAUUCACUGCAAACUACAACCAUCCCAUCGACCUGAUGACAUCGAUGAUUUUCCAGUGUCCAAACAAGUCUGUCGGUGGAGAAGAUCGGAGGGACAGUUUCUUGGCAGGAACCUUCCACCUGAGGUCUGGAGAUGAGAUCUACGUCACGGUGGGCUCCAUCGACAAGCUCCGCCCUGGACACACUCAAAACUUUUUGGGAGCCUUCAUGAUAUCGCCCUCAUCUUCCCGCUGAAGACUCAGGGAAGAGGGUGCAUCCAAAAGAAACUUACUUUGGGUUUUGAUCAGUUCCUCUGCUGCUCCAAAAUAAUAAAAACGUCAUUACAUUCAUGUGACAACUAUGUCCUGAGAAACUGUUGAAAAUAGGGGUGCCCUCACUUACUGACCUCUGACCGCAGCAAGGUCACAGAAGCGUGAGUCUGUUGUUUUAUGUCAACCAUCAUUUGUUAAUGAAGUGUACAUAUCCAUUGAAUAUGAUUGCUGGAGUAAAUUAAAUCAUUUUUAUUUGGUGUCCAUUUAUUGUGUCUGACACUGUGCAGGAGGAAACGGACCCUCAC